UACGUCAUCGUUCAUGCUGUUGCGCAUGCGGAAUGGCUUUAGUUUGACUCCAAACAGGACGCUGCACAUACUUGGUAUACAGAACAAUGUCAAACAUGGGAAUCUGUCGCUAUGUUUAUUGUUUAUGCAUAAUGUAUGUGUUUUCAUACCAAGUAAGUGGAAACCAGCUUCAAUCAGAAGAAAGGUAUCGCAAACGAUCAGUAACUGUCGUAAGGUGCGACCUGUUGCAAGGCAAGUUUGGAGUGAAUGUCACAAACAACACCGACAAGAAAAGAGAGGUCAUCUAUGAAUUUAACUACCGGCUCGACGAUGAGACAAUAGCUUUGAGGGUCACAGUAGCUUCCUUGGCGGCCAGCAAGGACAACCCCGUCCUGUUCGGAGUUCGACAACAGCAUGGUACUAUGUCUUGGAAACUGCCAUUCAACGAUCCGGAACACACCUCCACAUACAAUGUGGUAAGCCGAAAUCUGUGUCCAUUCCCUGUCACCAACAAAAACUCUUCUGCCAUGUACCAGACAAUAUUUGUGGACGUUUACUCGUUUUCUAUCAACCUCUUGCCUUUUUCAAUCCUUGUUGAUUUCGUGAAAGAUUUCAACCUCAGAAUUGAUGAGAUCAGGAAUGUGAAUAUUGCGCCAUCCGAACCUAAGUACUUCAUGUACACCUUUCCUGACAACGUCGACUCUGUGUUAGUGCAUGCGAAAUCUGACAGCGACCUCUGCAUGAUAUUCUCCGUGCAGGAUGUUAAGUGUCCUGUAUUUGACCUUGAACAAAGUGUUGAAUUUUCUGGUAUACAUCAAACAAUGACUAAACAGGCGACCAUUACCGUCAAGAAAUCUAACUACGACCAGAAGUCGUUCUACAUCGUGACGGUACUGAAGCCCUCUGACUAUGCCUGUAAUGGCAAGGAGACAACGCAAGCUCCUGAUUAUUCACGCAAGAAGCAGCUAACACUUCAGGUGCAUGGCGGUAUCAGUAGUGAGAUGUAUGUUUGGCCCAUAUUAGCUGCUUUGGCCGUAUUUAUCAUAUUUUAUAUCGUUGCUAUUGUGCAGUGCAGAAGAAAAAGGAAAUCAUGCGUUUGCAGUUGUGUUGAAAAGGAGCCACAUGACUUUUGUUGCAAUCUUUUCACUAUUGCAAUUUUCUACGGCCUCCCUGUCGUACAGCUUGUGAUGACCUACCAAACGGGGUUAGAGUCCUCUGGAGACCAGGAUAUUUGUUACUACAACUUUGAAUGCUCGCGACCUCUGGGUGUACUCAGUUCCUUCAACAAUGUCUUCAGUAACAUCGGUUACAUCUUGCUAGGAAUAUUGUUCCUACUGGUGGUUUGGAAAAGCGACCUGAGCAGCGAAAAUAGGCAAGGGAACCUGGGAGAGGAGACGGAAAACAAAGAUUUACUAUACGCCAUGGGACUGGGUUUGGUUAUGGAGGGCCUGAUGAGUGGUUGCUACCAUGUUUGUCCCAACCGCUCCAACUUCCAGUUCGACACCUCCUUCAUGUACAUACUUACUUUCUUGUGUAUGCUGAGGGUCUUGCGAUGUCUAGAUCCUAACAUCGCCCCCACGGCUCGCAAUUCGUACUCCGUUAUGGCCAUCGUUGUGUUUAUAAGUGUACUUGGUGUGCUUUUCGGUACAAACAUUUUCUGGAUUCUGUUUGGCGUCGUCAACAUACUUGCUACUUUGUUUCUCCAUCUCUAUGUAUACUUCAUUGGUGACAAACACGAAGAAACUUGUUGUGAUGUCCUCAAAAAGAUAUGCAAUUGUAUGCGGUGCAUGUGUGAUCACCUUUCAAAACCUCAAUGUGAUUGCAGACUUGCGAUGCUGAUUACAGCAACUCUAUUCAAUUUGCUUGUGGCCAUCUGCGGACUAGUGAUUCAGCCAUCAGACUUUGCAUCCUUCCUGCUAGUCAUUUUUAUAGGCAAUUUAAUACUCUACUGUGUAUUUUACUUUAUCCUCAUGAAGUGCAAACUUAAAAAGAAGAUAGCCUAUUCAAGAAUCGUUUGUGUCGUGUUAGCCUGUAUUGCCUGGAUCGCUGCAAUCUAUUUUUUCAUGGCUCACCUAACCUCCUGGGGGUUGACUCCAGCUCAGUCUAGGGUGGGAAACAAAGACUGUAUGGUGCUGGAUUUCUACGAUGCCCAUGACGUCUGGCAUUUCUUGUCGGCCAUUGCCUUGUUUCUUUCUUUUCUGGUUCUGCUGGCAUUGAAUGAUGACCUCGACCCUACAUCUGAUCAGAGUAGGAGCGAACAGCAACAGAAUAAUGACCGCAACACCCAGAUCUGAUCAGAGUAAGAGCGUACAGACACAGAGUGAUGACCCCGACCCCCAGAUCUGAUCAGAGUAUGAGCGUACAGACACAGAAUGAUGACCCCGACCCCCAAAUCUGAUCAGAGUAAGAGCGUACAGACACAGAAUGAUGCCCCCGACCCCAGAUCUGAUCAGAGUAUAAGCAUACAGACACAGAAUGAUGACCCCGACCCCAGAUCUGAUCAGAGUAUAAGCAUACAGACACAGAAUGAUGACCCCGACCCCAGAUCUGAUCAGAGUAAGAGCGUACAGACACAGAAUGAUGACCCCGACCCCAGAUCUGAUCAGAGUAUGAGCGUACAGACACAGAAUGAUGACCCCCACCCCAGAUCUGAUCAGAGUAUGAGCGUACAGACACAGAAUGAUGACCCCGACCCCCAGAUCUGAUCAGAGUAAGAGCGUACAGACACAGAAUGAUGACCCCGACCCCAGAUCUGAUCAGAGUAUGAGCGUACAGACACAGAAUGAUGACCCCGACCCCCAGAUCUGAUCAGAGUAUGAGCGUACAGACACAGAAUGAUGACCCCGACCCCCAGAUCUGAUCAGAGUAUGAGCGUACAGACACAGAAUGAUGACCCCGACCCCCAGAUCUGAUCAGAGUAUGAGCGUACAGACACAGAAUGAUGACCCCGACCCCCAGAUCUGAUCAGAGUAUGAGCGUACAGACACAGAAUGAUGACCCCGACCCCCAGAUCUGAUCAGAGUAUGAGCGUACAGACACAGAAUGAUGACCCCGACCCCCAGAUCUGAUCAGAGUAUGAGCGUACAGACACAGAAUGAUGACCCCGACCCCCAGAUCUGAUCAGAGUAUGAGCGUACAGACACAGAAUGAUGACCCCGACCCCCAGAUCUGAUCAGAGUAUGAGCGUACAGACACAGAAUGAUGACCCCGACCCCCAGAUCUGAUCAGAGUAUGAGCGUACAGACACAGAAUGAUGACCCCGACCCCCAGAUCUGAUCAGAGUAUGAGCGUACAGACACAGAAUGAUGACCCCGACCCCCAGAUCUGAUCAGAGUAUGAGCGUACAGACACAGAAUGAUGACCCCGACCCCCAGAUCUGAUCAGAGUAUGAGCGUACAGACACAGAAUGAUGACCCCGACCCCCAGAUCUGAUCAGAGUAUGAGCGUACAGACACAGAAUGAUGACCCCGACCCCCAGAUCUGAUCAGAGUAUGAGCGUACAGACACAGAAUGAUGACCCCGACCCCCAGAUCUGAUCAGAGUAUGAGCGUACAGACACAGAAUGAUGACCCCGACCCCCAGAUCUGAUCAGAGUAUGAGCGUACAGACACAGAAUGAUGACCCCGACCCCCAGAUCUGAUCAGAGUAUGAGCGUACAGACACAGAAUGAUGACCCCGACCCCCAGAUCUGAUCAGAGUAUGAGCGUACAGACACAGAAUGAUGACCCCGACCCCCAGAUCUGAUCAGAGUAUGAGCGUACAGACACAGAAUGAUGACCCCGACCCCCAGAUCUGAUCAGAGUAUGAGCGUACAGACACAGAAUGAUGACCCCGACCCCCAGAUCUGAUCAGAGUAUGAGCGUACAGACACAGAAUGAUGACCCCGACCCCCAGAUCUGAUCAGAGUAUGAGCGUACAGACACAGAAUGAUGACCCCGACCCCCAGAUCUGAUCAGAGUAUGAGCGUACAGACACAGAAUGAUGACCCCGACCCCCAGAUCUGAUCAGAGUAUGAGCGUACAGACACAGAAUGAUGACCCCGACCCCCAGAUCUGAUCAGAGUAUGAGCGUACAGACACAGAAUGAUGACCCCGACCCCCAGAUCUGAUCAGAGUAUGAGCGUACAGACACAGAAUGAUGACCCCGACCCCCAGAUCUGAUCAGAGUAUGAGCGUACAGACACAGAAUGAUGACCCCGACCCCCAGAUCUGAUCAGAGUAUGAGCGUACAGACACAGAAUGAUGACCCCGACCCCCAGAUCUGAUCAGAGUAUGAGCGUACAGACACAGAAUGAUGACCCCGACCCCCAGAUCUGAUCAGAGUAUGAGCGUACAGACACAGAAUGAUGACCCCGACCCCCAGAUCUGAUCAGAGUAUGAGCGUACAGACACAGAAUGAUGACCCCGACCCCCAGAUCUGAUCAGAGUAUGAGCGUACAGACACAGAAUGAUGACCCCGACCCCCAGAUCUGAUCAGAGUAAGAGCGUACAGACACAGAAUGAUGACCCCGACCCCCAGAUCUGAUCAGAGUAUGAGCGUACAGACACAGAAUGAUGACCCCGACCCCCAGAUCUGAUCAGAGUAUGAGCGUACAGACACAGAAUGAUGACCCCGACCCCCAGAUCUGAUCAGAGUAUGAGCGUACAGACACAGAAUGAUGACCCCGACCCCCAGAUCUGAUCAGAGUAUGAGCGUACAGACACAGAAUGAUGACCCCGACCCCCAGAUCUGAUCAGAGUAUGAGCGUACAGACACAGAAUGAUGACCCCGACCCCCAGAUCUGAUCAGAGUAUGAGCGUACAGACACAGAAUGAUGACCCCGACCCCCAGAUCUGAUCAGAGUAUGAGCGUACAGACACAGAAUGAUGACCCCGACCCCCAGAUCUGAUCAGAGUAUGAGCGUACAGACACAGAAUGAUGACCCCGACCCCCAGAUCUGAUCAGAGUAUGAGCGUACAGACACAGAAUGAUGACCCCGACCCCCAGAUCUGAUCAGAGUAUGAGCGUACAGACACAGAAUGAUGACCCCGACCCCCAGAUCUGAUCAGAGUAUGAGCGUACAGACACAGAAUGAUGACCCCGACCCCCAGAUCUGAUCAGAGUAUGAGCGUACAGACACAGAAUGAUGACCCCGACCCCCAGAUCUGAUCAGAGUAUGAGCGUACAGACACAGAAUGAUGACCCCGACCCCCAGAUCUGAUCAGAGUAUGAGCGUACAGACACAGAAUGAUGACCCCGACCCCCAGAUCUGAUCAGAGUAUGAGCGUACAGACACAGAAUGAUGACCCCGACCCCCAGAUCUGAUCAGAGUAUGAGCGUACAGACACAGAAUGAUGACCCCGACCCCCAGAUCUGAUCAGAGUAUGAGCGUACAGACACAGAAUGAUGACCCCGACCCCCAGAUCUGAUCAGAGUAUGAGCGUACAGACACAGAAUGAUGACCCCGACCCCCAGAUCUGAUCAGAGUAUGAGCGUACAGACACAGAAUGAUGACCCCGACCCCCAGAUCUGAUCAGAGUAUGAGCGUACAGACACAGAAUGAUGACCCCGACCCCCAGAUCUGAUCAGAGUAUGAGCGUACAGACACAGAAUGAUGACCCCGACCCCCAGAUCUGAUCAGAGUAUGAGCGUACAGACACAGAAUGAUGACCCCGACCCCCAGAUCUGAUCAGAGUAUGAGCGUACAGACACAGAAUGAUGACCCCGACCCCCAGAUCUGAUCAGAGUAUGAGCGUACAGACACAGAAUGAUGACCCCGACCCCCAGAUCUGAUCAGAGUAUGAGCGUACAGACACAGAAUGAUGACCCCGACCCCCAGAUCUGAUCAGAGUAUGAGCGUACAGACACAGAAUGAUGACCCCGACCCCCAGAUCUGAUCAGAGUAUGAGCGUACAGACACAGAAUGAUGACCCCGACCCCCAGAUCUGAUCAGAGUAUGAGCGUACAGACACAGAAUGAUGACCCCGACCCC